AUGUCUCGACCACAAUCCCGCUCAGGGGUCAGGAAGAUCGUGCGUUCUGCGGCAGAAGACGGGCAAAACCGUGGUGGUUCCGAUUAUACUAAUGACAAACCACUAUCGUUUCAACAUGUGGCUCCAAGACCUCCGUCUUUGAUCCAAGACAUACAAGAUCUUGCUGCUAACCCUCCUUCUCUUAACGCUGUCAAUCCUCAUCAAUCAACUUCAGGUACUGAACAUCUGAAACUUCAUGAUGGAUCCAUGACUAAGCCGCCGCCGUCGGCCGGAGCAAUGACUCAUGUGGAUGGUUUUAUGAACGUUGUAGCAUGCUUUAAUUGGGGAUGA